AUGGUGGCUGGAAGAAUUGAUCCAAAUGAUCCUCUUUACAUAGGUCCAUCAGAUGCUUCAAGUGCAGUUUUGAUUCCUAUCAAACUCACAGGACCUGAAAAUUAUGGAGUAUGGAGUAGAUCAAUGAGAAUUGCUUUGACAGGGAAGAGGAAAAUUGAAUUCAUUACAGGAGCUUGCAGCAGAUCUUUGUAUCGAGAUGAGUUACAUGAACAGUGGGAAACAUGUAAUACAAUUGUAUUAUCUUGGUUGAUGAAUUCAGUCAGUGAAGAUCUUCUAAAUGGAAUAGUAUAUGCUACUAGUGCUUAUACAGUUUGGCAAGACUUGAAAGAGAGGUUUGACAAAGUUAAUCGAAUGAGGAUUUAUCAAUUGUACAGGGAGAUCAACACACUCUCACAAGGUACUGAUUUUGUUUCAUCAUACUACACAAAACUGAAGAACUUGUGGGGGGAAUUUGAUGCACUUGUACCAUCUCCUAGUUGUGCUUGUCCAAAAUCCAAAGAUGGGUUGAAUGAGUCGUAUGAACAGGCUAAGAGGCAAAUUUUGCUAAAAGGUGUUACUCCUACCAUUAAUCAAGCUUAUGCCAUGAUUAUAGAGGAUGAGCUGCAACAACAAACUGCCUGUGUAUCCAUUGCUAAUAAGGUAUCUGAUGUAGCAACUAUGAAUGUUAACAGAGGGAACAAUUAUAAUCAAGGAAAUCAGAAUAAUAAAGGAAGAAGAUGUAAACAUUCUCAAUAUACUGGGCAUACUAAGGAGAAUUGUUACAGGUUAAUUGGUUAUCCAGCUGAUUGGAAACACAGAAAAAGAUCUGGUUUCAAUAAUGCAAGGUCAGGCCACAUGCAUUCUUCUUCUGGAGGAAAUAACCAUAACCAUGUUGGAGAAGCUAACAAUAUAUCCAAGGAGAACUCUGGAGAAGCCUCUUCUAGUCAUCAUGAAGUAAACAAUGCUUUUAUGGCUAGAGGACAUGCAUUCACUGAUGGAGAAUAUAAGCAAAUAAUGGACAUGUUAGGGAAAGAUAAGAGGGAAGUGAAGCAGGCCAACAUGACAGGUAUGGCAAAUUGUUUUUCAACUAAUGUUGCCUCUCAUUGUUGGAUAGUAGACUCUGGUGCUUCUCAUCAUAUUACAACAAAUGAACAUUUGCUAAAAAAUAGUAAAUGUACAGCUAGUUCUCACCAAGACAAAGUGAACUUACCUACAGGUGACAAGGCCUCUAUAACACACAUAGGAGAUACACAUCUGUUUAACAAUGAAGUGAUCAAAGAUGUGUUGUGUGUACCUGAGUUCAAGUUUAACCUGUUGUCUGAUCUUUACAGUGGCAGGGUGAAGGGGAUUGGUAGGGAAGAAGGGAGCCUAUACAUAUUCAGAACUGAUUCUGGCAUGAAGAGCAAAUGUGAAACUCAAAAUCCUCAGAAAAUUGUUGCAGAGCUCAAAUCUGAAACUAUAGUAGCUAUAAAGACUUUCUUUACAUUGAUAAAGAAUCAGUUUGGGUGUAUAAUCAAGACUGUAAGGUCAGACAAUGAAACAGAGUUUUUCAACUCUCAAUGCAAAGAAUUUUUUACAAGUCUAGGCAUUAUACAUCAGAGUAGUUGUCCUCACACACCACAGCAAAAUGGUGUAGUGGAGAGGAAGCAUAGACACAUAUUGAAUGUAGCUAGAGCUAUCAGAUUUCAGUCUUGUAUGCCACUUAGAUUCUGGGGAAUUUGUGUUCAAGCAGCUGUGUAUUUGAUUAACAGACUACCAUCAUCCAAUCUUCAUAACAAGAGUCCAUAUGAGAGGCUGUUUUCUAAGUCUCCUAAUAUCAGCCAUUUGAGAGUUAUAGGCUGUCUUGGUUAUGCUUCUGUUAUUCCUAGAAAUGAUAAAUUCUCAGAAAGAGAAAAGCCUGUGAUCAUGAUGGGAUAUUCAGAAACUCAGAAGGGCUAUUUGUUAAUGGAUAUACAGACUAAGAAGUUCCUAGUCAAUAGAGAUGUGGUAUUUCAAGAACACAUCUUUCCUUUUGCCACUUCAAAACCUUCACAAGCACCUGUUAAUGAUUUAUUACCUGAUAGCCUUGAAGAAGCAAAUGAUUCAGAAGAGACAGCACCUGAUGAUUGUAUACAAACAGACACACAAACUUCUACUAGUUUGAAUGAUGUUAUUUCUACUAGUUUGAAUGAUGUUCCUGAUGAAAUAUUGCAUACUCAGCAUGAAGAGAUGUUGAUCCAAGACUCAAAUAUUGAUUCAGUGUCUUCUAGAAAGUCAUCAAGACUUACCAAACCUCCCAUUUGGAUGAAAGAUUAUAUGACUACUGCUGUUGGACAGAAUAGUAAGUAUCCUCUGGCAAAUCAUCUUAGUUAUGAUCAUAUAUCAUCAAAGUAUCAUAGCUACCUAGCCAACUUUUCAGAUUCAGUAGAACCUCAAACAUUUGACCAAGCUAGUAAAGAUCCAAGAUGGAUUGAGGCCAUGAAGUUAGAAGUUAAAGCUCUUGAGGAUAACAAGACAUGGUUGGUGGUUGAUUUACCUUUAGGUAAACAUACUGUUGGUUCUAAAUGGAUUUACAAAAUCAAAUACAAGGCUGAUGGAAACAUAGAAAGAUUUAAAGCUAGACUUGUAGCUAAGGGUUAUAGUCAACAAGAAGGAUUAGAUUAUCAUGAUACAUUCUCACCAGUUGCAAAAAUGGUAACUGUUAGAAGUGUGAUUGCAGUGGCAGUUUCAAAAGGAUGGUUUCUUUAUCAAAUGGAUGUAUACAAUGCUUUUUUUACAAGGAGAUUUGGAUGA